AAUCACUCAAGCCGAUAAGCCUGGAUAAAUCGGGAAGUUAUGACACAGGUAUAUCGCAGUAUCUCAAAGCUUCAUUUGAAAUAGCUCUUAUGAUAGCAAAGCAAAAGAAACCUCAUACUAUCGGUGAAGAAUUAAUAAAACCAUGUGUCCUAAAAGCCACGCAGAUAAUUUCAGGAGAAGAUGCAGAUCAAAAAAUGAAGUCUAUUUCUCUUUCGAAUAACACAGUCAAGUGUAGAAUCGAUGAUAUUGCAUCAGACAUAAAGUCACAAAUAAUUAACAAAGUAAAAUUAUCGCCAUUUUUUUGCCAUUAG